AUGGCUUCUACUGGAGUUCUUGCAGAGAUUAUAGACGGAGAUGUAUACAAAUAUUAUGCUGACGGAGAAUGGAAGAAAUCCACCUCUGGUAAAAGUGUUGCUAUCAUCAACCCUACUACAAGAAAACCUCAAUACAAAGUUCAAGCUUGUUCACAAGAAGAGGUUAAUAAGGUUAUGGAUUCGGCAAAAUCAGCGCAAAAAUCAUGGGCGAAAACUCCACUUUGGAAGAGAGCUGAACUUCUUCACAAGGCUGCAGCAAUUCUGAAAGAACACAAAGCUGCAAUUGCAGAAUGUUUAGUCAAAGAAAUAGCAAAGCCAGCUAAAGAUGCAGUCACUGAGGUUGUAAGAUCUGGUGAUUUGGUUUCUUACUGUGCCGAAGAAGGAGUGAGGAUUCUUGGAGAGGGAAAGUUUUUGGUUUCUGAUAGUUUUCCUGGAAAUGAAAGGACCAAAUAUUGUCUCACUUCUAAGAUUCCAUUAGGAGUUAUUUUAGCCAUUCCGCCUUUUAACUAUCCUGUCAAUCUUGCUGUCUCGAAAAUUGCUCCUGCAUUGAUUGCUGGAAAUUCUAUUGUCCUUAAGCCUCCAACUCAGGGAGCUGUUGCUGCUCUGCACAUGGUUCAUUGCUUUCACUUGGCUGGUUUUCCGAAAGGCCUAAUCAGUUGUGUUACUGGAAAAGGCUCGGAAAUUGGCGACUUUCUUACAAUGCAUCCAGGAGUCAAUUGUAUAAGCUUCACUGGUGGAGAUACUGGCAUUGCGAUUUCAAAGAAGUCGGGUAUGAUUCCUCUACAAAUGGAAUUGGGAGGAAAAGAUGCUUGCAUUGUACUCGAAGAUGCUGAUCUUGAUUUGGUUGCUGCAAACAUCAUAAAAGGAGGUUUUUCAUACAGUGGUCAGAGGUGUACUGCUGUGAAGGUUGUUCUGGUAAUGGAAUCAGUUGCUGAUGCUUUAGUCGAGAAAGUGAAGGUUAAGGUAGCGAAACUAAGUGUUGGACCACCCGAGGAUGACUCUGAUAUCACACCUGUUGUAUCAGAAUCAUCAGCGAAUUUCAUUGAAGGAUUGGUGAAUGAUGCGAAAGAGAAAGGUGCAACAUUCUGUCAGAAAUACAAGAGAGAAGGGAAUCUCAUUUGGCCUUUGUUACUUGAUAAUGUUAGGCCAGACAUGAGAAUUGCAUGGGAAGAACCAUUUGGACCAGUUUUGCCGGUUAUUAGGAUCAAUUCUGUUGAGGAAGGUAUUCAUCAUUGUAAUGCUAGCAACUUCGGACUUCAGGGAUGUGUAUUUACAAAGGAUAUCAAUAAAGCAAUAAUGAUUAGUGAUGCAAUGGAAUCAGGAACAGUUCAGAUAAAUUCAGCACCAGCUCGUGGACCGGAUCAUUUUCCAUUUCAGGGAAUAAAGGACAGUGGAAUUGGAUCACAGGGAAUUACCAACAGCAUAAACAUGAUGACAAAAGUGAAAACUACUGUGAUAAACUUGCCUAGUCCGUCUUAUACCAUGGGCUAA